GCGGGACGUCUUCGUUAACGACGCUCAAUAUGUCUGCCAGUUCAGAUCGGAACCCUCCUCCUUUCACUGCAACAGGAGAACCCGAACCUAGACUGUCCAAUAUGGCAGACGGAGACAGCGACGAGGGAGAGGACAUCUUUGUCAGCAACAGUAAGCCGGUGUCCGUCAGCCGAGGAGUGUCUCAGCCGGAGAGGGUCCCUGACGAGCCUGAGGACCUGUUCGGUGAGGAGCAGCGGCCCACAACUGACCACCCCAAUGGAGUUCACUCCGGUCAGGACAAAGACCUGUUUGCAGAGGCACAUGCAGAUCUAAGAGACAAGUCCAGCAGUUCUGCUCGGAAGGAGCUCUCCAGCUCCUCUAGCCCUCCACCCACCUCCUCGUUGACUUGGGGCCCUGCAGCCUUGCAGUCCACCUCCUUGGAGCAGCUGGAGGAGGAUGAAGCCAAGGAUAGUUUUGACGUGGAUGUUGCUGUCACCAACCCAGAGAAAGUUGGAGACGGCAUGAAUGCAUAUGUUGCCUACAAAGUGUCAACAAGGAGCUCCUUGGCCAUGUUUAAAAGCAAGGCCUUUACUGUAAGGAGACGUUUCAGUGACUUCCUGGGUCUUUACGAGAAGCUCUCUGUUAAGCAGUCGCUGCACGGCUGCAUCAUCCCACCACCUCCUGAGAAAAGUGUUGUAGGAAUGACCAAAGUGAAGGUGGGGAUGGACGACCCGUCAUCUGUGGAGUUUGUGGAAAGGAGAAGAGCGGCCCUGGAGAGGUAUCUGCAGAGAGUUGUGUCUCACCCACUGUUACUACAAGAUCCUGAUGUUCGUGAAUUUCUGGAAAGAGAAGAGCUACCCAGAGCAGUAAACACCCAGACGCUCAGUGGAGCUGGUUUCCUCAAGAUGAUCAGCAAGGCAUCGGAUGCUGUCAGCAAGAUGACCAUCAAGAUGAACGAGUCUGACACUUGGUUUGAGGACAAAUUCCAGGAAGUGGAGGCUGAAGAGCAGCAGCUGAGGAAGCUUCAUGCUGUGGUUGACUCCCUUGUCAAUCACAGGAAAGAGCUCUGUGGGAACACAGCCAUGUUUGCCAAAAGUGUGGCCAUGCUGGGGAACUCUGAGGACAACACAGCCUUGUCUCGAGCCCUGUCCCAGCUGGCCGAGGUGGAGGACAAGAUGGAGCAGCUGCACCAGGAGCAGGCAGCCAGUGAUUUCUUCAUCUUGGCAGAGCUGCUUGCUGACUACAUACGCCUGCUGGGCGCUGUGAGGGGGGGCUUUGACCAGCGCAUUCGGGCAUGGCAGCGAUGGCAGGAGGCUCAGAGCACACUCCAGAAGAAGAGAGAGGCCGAAGCCAAGCUGCUGUGGGCUAACAAACCUGACAAACUGCAGCAGGCCAAAGAGGAGAUCAGUGAGUGGGAGGUGAGAGUUACUCAGUAUGAGAGAGAUUUUGACAGGAUUGGCAUGACCGUACGCAAGGAGAUUCUCAGAUUUGAGAAAGAAAAGGCCAAGGACUUCAAGAGCCAGAUAAUCAGAUACUUGGAUGCAAUGCUGCAGUCUCAACAAAGGCUUAUAAAAUUUUGGGAGGCGUUCCUGCCUGAGGCAAAGGCAAUAGCCUGACGAAGUGGGAGAUUUAUUAUUAUUUUUUUUUCUUAUUUAAAACUCCGACUGCCUUUUUGAACACUUUUGCCUCUUUAGCGGGAGCUGAGAGAACGAUUUUGCAACAAGCAAGAAACUUCCAUCCAUUUUUUUCUCCUUGUAGUUUAUUCUCGUAACUUGUACAGAAUUUUGAUAUAAUAAGCCUUUUCACUACAGGGCUCCGACAUAUUCCCUUGUUUACGUGUUUGAUGUUACGAUGGUAUAAAGCAGAGUUC